AUGGCCAAUCCCUCGUUCCAUCUUGCAUCAUUCACUUCCAACCAAAUCCCAGGUAGCGAUAGUUCUCUCAGAGGCUGUAGAGAUGAUACUGCAAAGAGUUACAACCAAUUAUCAGUUAUGGAGGACUCCGCAGAUAUUCAGAACUUCUGCACCAACUCUGGUUUCUAUCAAGAAUAUGCAGUCAAUCCACAAGUACAAGAAAUGAAUAAACAGCAAGAAGAAAUGAAUGUGUAUGCAGUUACUCCACAAGUACAAACAGGAAGUCAUGUGGACAAUACACCUUUUUUAUAUCUGGCUCCUUUUGAACUGCUGAGGAACAAUCCAAGCAGGUGCAAGAAUACUGAAGGAGAUAAAGUUAGAAAUAUGAACAACAGAACCAACGCGUACCAGAAGCUCUCAGCGAUGCAAAUCAUGAGGCUAGCUGGAGAAAGAUUCAUCCAGUUCUCUUCUAACAAGUUCAUUAACAUAAAUAAUCUUCUCCAUCCGUAUGGUUCUGCUCUCUCGAACCUUUCUCAAGAAGAUAAUCAAGACGUAGAACUUGCUCAAAUCCUCCUAGCUGCAGCUGAGAAAGUUUCUGACCAACAAUAUGACCGCGCAAGGAAAAUGCUGAGUCAGUGCCAACCCCAUGCAUCGAACACAGGUAAUCCUGCACAAAGAGCAGUCUUUUAUUUUGCACAAGCGCUUGAAGAGAGGAUAGAUAGAGAAACAGGAAGGUUAAUGCCAAAACCCCGUGUGGAAAGAGAUGGCAGUAUCUGUAUAGCAUCAAGAUUCGACGCCUCACACCUAGAAUUUCAUCAAGAAGUUCCAUUCACCCAAGUGGUACAUUUCACAGGAAUUCAAGCCAUGCUAGAAAGUGUAGCAACAAAAUCUAAAGUUCACCUUAUCGAUUUCCUCAUCAGGACGGGCGUACAGUGGGCAUCCUUGAUCCAAGCAGCAGCAGAGCGAAAAGAUAAUCCAAUUGAACAUAUGAAAAUCACAGUUAUUGAAUCAGUAAAUAAAGAAAGAGUAGAGGAAACAGGCAAGUCUUUAGAGAGCUUUGCUAAGUCCUUGAACUUUCCCUUGUCUUUCAAGAUUGUCUUUUUACCAGAUAGAAACCAACUGACAGAAAAUCACUUUGACAUAGAACCUGAUGAAGGAUUAGUAAUUUAUGCUGCAUUCUUUCUGAGGGCAAUGAUCUGUGAACCUAACUGUUUAGAAACUGCAAUGAGAGUUGUAAGAAAGCUGCAGCCAGAAUUAAUGGUAGUCUCAGAAGUAGAGGCAAAUCUGAAUUCACCUAUGUUUGUGAAUCGUUUCAUAGACUCUUUAUUCUAUUACAGUGCAUUCUUUGAUUGCCUGGAAGAUGUAAUGAAGAGGGAUGAUCAACACAGGAUGACACUAGAAUCAGUGACAUAUGGAAGCGGGAUUUGGAACAUAGUAGGAAGUGAAGGAAAAGAAAGGGUGUGUAGAAGUGUGAAUCUUGAUGUGUGGAGAACAUUCUUUAAGAGGUUUGGAAUGGAAGAAGUAAAGCUGAGUGAGACAUGCUUGUAUCAGGCUAACUUGAUUAUUCAGCAGUUUGCACGUAGGAAUUCUUGCAGUGCAGAUGUAAAUGGAGGGUCUCUCACAGUCAGCUGGAAAGGGACUCCAAUCUAUUCCACUUCUGCUUGGAAAUUCCAUUGA